AAUAUGCAUGCGCAGAACAAAUCAAGGGAUUACUGAAGGAGUUCCAAGACAUUCUUCCCGACGACCUCCCGGACGAGCUACUGCCAUACCGAACGCACCAACACGAGAUCGAGGAGGAACCAGGUUCGAAACCGACCUUCUGAGCACCAUAUCGGCUAAGCCCCACAGAACUAGCCGACAUGAAGAAGCAGAUCGAGUAUCUCCUCGCCUAAGGACUCAUCCGACCAUCCACUUCACUAUACGGUGCCCCGGUACUCUUCACGCCAAAACCGGACGGAAGCCUGCACAUGUGCAUCGACUAACGGGCUCUCAACAAGCAGACCAUCAAGAAAAAGUACCCGAUUCCACGAAUCGAUGACCUACUUGACCAGCUUCGGGGAGC